GCAAUUCUGAUUGUUUACUCUUCUCUUUAUGUUAUUGUGUCAAGUGUCAACUCUCAAAAGAAAUAAAUUGUUAUAUUAGCAGUGCCAUUAAUUGUUUGUUAUUGGUUAUUUCAUUAUUUUGUACUAAAAAUACCGUUUGUGAACUCGAAACUAAUUCAACAAUGCAAAUUGAUUGCACAUAUUGAAAAAUUUUCAGAUUCCAGAUCUUAGGCAAUUACAUAAAUACCAAGAUGAGUGGAUCGCCUUUAUUGUAUCUUCCAGAUGUAGCCCUGGAAAAAAUAUUUUCGUUUUUAUCCUACGACGAACUAGCAAAAAACAGAAUUGUGUGUACAAGGUUCAAUCAAGUCUGCGGGAACUUGUUGUCAAGGGGUUUUAUUCAGCUGGACAAGAGACAUUCAGCUAUAUUCAAAAAGCUCAAAUCGAUGUUGCCCCGGAGGGAAUCUGAGAGAAGAGCUCAUCCCCUCUCAAGACAUUGUGACAUCCUUCAAGCGGUUGAAACCAGGAUCAGCAUGUUGAAUAUGACUUACAUCAAAUUCAUUGAAAUGAAUGUACUUUGUUUUAUUCCAGGAAAGGUACUCGAUGAAAUUAAAAGCGUAUUGAAUCUAGUCGAGCGUGAUCAGGCACCUCCUCGUACGCAUCAACUGCUGCAAGAAUUGCGUGACCUCAGCAGUAUGGCGAUGGAACACUUCGACGAACACAUCUUACCGACAGUCAAAGAGCUAGUUGUUUAUCGAACAGUGAAAUCUUAUGAAUGUGUAACGGCGACAAAUUCGAAAAAGACGAAGAGUCUGUAUGCCCCACACGUGCUCUCAAAUGAACUGCAUCGAGUCAAGAAGCAGAGCAAGACUCACAAACACCACAUUUCGUAUUUGACUCAGAGCACGCAAAAGUUGUGCGAAAAGCUGGGAAAACUAAAUACACGCCUGAAAGGACAAUCUCAGAAGAUUCGAGAACAGGAGAAGAAGAUUCAAGAACAAAACACCAAAAUCCAGGAACAAGAAGCCACUCUGGCCGAUAUAAAGAAGCACAUGGACGAUUGGGAUCAGAAAUACAAGGACCUCACCACGGAACUCGUUCGCGCUAGAGAUGACAUCCUGUCCGCAACGUCUCAUAGAUUGAAUCCUGACGCUCAGACACCUCCUUCUCCGCCCAAGUUGUACAAAACUAAUAUCAAGCCCAGAGUGACCCACAUUCUACCAAAGAGUUACUUGGGUUUACAGAUGGAUUUGGACAGAAAAAGAAAGUCGAACUUGCUGCCCGAGAUUCCUCUCAAGCGAAACAAAGCAGCCGAAGAUAACGAGAAAGAUGAUCUCAAUUUGAACUUGAAGGAUCUCACAGAGUUCAAAGACGAGAGUACUGAGGAGGUAGAGAGUAAGAACCCUGAGAUUUCAUCGAUAUUAUCGAGGAGCAGCAUUGAAUUGUUAGUCAGUAAUACACUGGACAAUUUUUUGAAGAGUCCCCUCGCUAGCAUCAAUUCUCGCAAAAGAAAAAUGGCUGAGGAUAUAGAUUUGAAGUAGAGCGGUUAGUCCUGGUGAAUAGAGAUUUAAUUCCUGUUCUCAUAUUAAUUGAUAUUUUAGUUGCCAAUAAUAGUCGAAAUGACGAUUUUGGGUUUUUAACGUUAUUCUAGGAUAUUGCUGGAUAUUUUGAUUGCAGUUCUUAGUGGAGAAAUGUUCGUUUGAUUUAUAUAAAGUUUAUUACCAUAGUGAAAUGUCGUUUAUAAUAAAAAACUAAUAUUUU